UUAGGAGGAUCGUGACGUGGUGAUUGGUCACCUAUCUGCUGCAUCUUUGCACACUUUAACGUUAACUACAUUGUGAUUAAGUGGCCGCAUUUCUUCAACACAAACGGACGGAUUGUAGUGUUUGUGGAGUAAAAAGUUCCUCCUGGUGUUUUAAGUUUCAUCAGACAGUUUGCUGUGUGAUCCUAUCUGCUGUGACUGACUGACCAGGACCGAGCCAGCAGCGGCAGCAUGAAGCUCUACAGCCUCAGUGUCAUUUAUAAAGGCACGACCAAAGCCAAUCUCCUCAAAGCGGCCUACGACCUCUCCUCUUUCAGUUUCUUUCAGCGCUCCAGUGUUCAGGAGUUCAUGACCUUCACCAGUGCCUUGAUUGUUGAAAGGACAUCACAGGGAACUCGUGCCUCUGUCAAAGAACAAGAGUACCUGUGCCACGUGUAUGUGAGAAAUGACAACCUGGGUGCUGUGGUCAUAGCCGACACUGAGUACCCACAGAGAGUCUCGUUCACAUUGCUAGACAAGGUUUUAGAGGAGUUCUCUAGACAAGUGGACAGUAUAGAUUGGCCCUCUGGUAAUCCUGACACCAUAAACUACAAAUCCUUGGAUAUUCACCUUGCUAAAUACCAGAACCCCAGAGAAGCAGAUGCAAUGACCAAAGUUCAGGCAGAGCUGGAUGAGACAAAGAUCAUUUUGCACAACACCAUGGAAAGUCUUCUGGAGCGAGGUGAGAAACUGGACGAUCUUGUGGCCAAGUCAGAGCACCUGGGAAACCAGUCCAAAGCCUUUUAUAAGACUGCACGGAAACAGAACUCGUGCUGUGAAAUCAUGUGAUGUCGCUGCCUCGUCCUCGUGGACACGCCUCUCUCUGCCUUUCUGCUUUUUUUCCUACAACCCCCAUCAUACACCAGCUACCAGCUCUCGACACAAAGGACAGAAGGGACGCUGUCUGAUCCAGGAUGGGGCGCCAGGAUGAGAGGGUGGAUGGUGGUGGCCAGUCUUAAUGUUGACCUAUCUGUAUUGUGGCUGAUGGGGGCUGAAGGAGUGAUGGGGUUUGGUCAGGGGAAGAAGAAGUAACAUCUGAAUUAUUUUUAACCAUUCAAAGGGUAAACAUCUGUGUGGUGUUUCAAUACCAGCUGAGGACAUAAUAGUGUGAUGUUGUGUAUUGGUGAUGUGUUGUUGAAACGUCUUUAAACCAUUUAAUGUUAUUCAGAUUGAAUCAGAUCUUCAUAGUUUGAUCUCAACUCAUUUUUUUUUUCUAAAGUGUUACCUACGGCUGUGCUUUUGCUUAAAGGCAAAUCUGACAAUCUCACAGUCUCGUGAAUUAAUACUGUGUCAAAGUUUUGGUUAAAUUCUUCAAACCCUUUUCUUCUAGGCGUAACCUCUUCUGCCUCUAGGUGGCCCCGUUUCUUAACUUUAUUGUUUCAAUGAAGUCUCCAUGUUGAGGUUCAAUUAAAAAAAAAAAAAAAACUGAGAGCACAGACAGAUUGUGGCUGCUUGGGAGUUGUGAUAUAAAACUCAUAGAAUACUACAAUGAUUUUAAAACGUAUACUGUACUGGAUUAAGUUACAUAAUUUUUCUUGCUUUACUCUAACUCAUGGUGUUAAAUCUUAAACAUUCCCAUCUUGGGUGAUAGUGUUAUUGAGUGAUGAUGCAUCUUAAAGCUGAUGAGAAGUGGGAAAUUAGAUGUUUAAAAAAAAAAAAAAAAAAAGUAGAAGGAUGAUUCUCCAUUGACACAGCCUUAUUGCAGUGUGGCUAACAUGUAACCUGCCUUGUCCUUUAUUUUUUAAAUUAUGUCGUCUAAUGAGAGGAACAGGACUUGUAAGCUAUUCUUUUUCACACUGUGUACAGUUUCCAUAUGUUUCUCUCUGAUAGCCAACUCACAUUAUACUAAAACUGGUUUUUAGAGUUCAUGGACCUCUGCAGUCCAAGGUUUGCUCAACCCUCUUAAAAUCUGGAAUCGCUAACAUUUAACCAUCAUAUUGAGUGUGACCGAGGUGACUCUGAGAAGCUGUUGCACUCUCUGGCCUCUUAUCGUGUGCUAAUUGAGUGUUUCUUCUAAAACGUUUGCAAAGAGACAACUGACAUACUUUGAGUGAUAUCAUUAACUGAGUGAUUUCACAGCUGUCUCAUAUAUUAAAACACUCCACUGCUGACAUAUAUUUUCUGUCAGCUCUGUUAUCUUUGUUGGUCUGAAUGGGUAGAAAUUCCUUUCUUUAAGAACUGCUGAUCAGUUUUAAGAUGGGGAGGUGCCUUUGGUUGUGUAUUUUAGAUGUUUCUCUGCUCUCUGUCAGCUGUGUAUGUGUGCGUGUGUAUGAUUUGCUGAUAAACAACAUCUUCAGGCUGCAUCGAUGUUUGAGUGGCUGUGUGUGAGGACUGUUGUGUAUGUGUGCUUGAUCUGAAUUUGCUCUUUCUGCUUUUACAGUGUAAAUUUUUUGUGCAAUAUCUUUGCAGACUGGUGUAUCUCUUUAAAGUGGAGAGAAUAAAUUAAACUAUUUCUCUUAAGGACAGUAAAUUGACCUUUGUAUUUGCUAUUCUUAUGACUAAUUCCAAUGUGAAGAUUGUCCAGGGUUCAUUCUGAGAUAUUUGUUAAAUUUGUUGUUUUUCAAAAUUCCAUUGAAUGUGCUGAAUUUGAAAAUAUGUCAAAUCUUGGAAGUUAUGCUGUAGCUUUUUACAGGUCAGGUGUUGGUGCUGGCCUGUGUGUUAAACAGUCUGCAUUAAAUGUUUUGAUCCAGAUGUGGUCUGCAAAUUUGAAACACAAACUUCAGAUAAUAAACUGUUCUUUUCUGUCUGUAUUAACAUUUUGUUUUUGGAACAUUUACUCGAUUGUUUACAGAACAUAUAAUCUUGCUUAGGUAAAUAAAAAAAAUGG